GACAACAUGUUCUCAUUUGAUGUGGAAAAAGAAACAUUUGCUUUGAAACCCAUGAACUGUCCAGGACAUUGUUUGAUGUUUGAUCAGAGAAGUCGCUCUUGGAGAGAGCUCCCACUCCGCCUGGCUGAUUUUGGUGUGCUGCAUCGUAAUGAACUGUCAGGAGCACUAACUGGGCUGACGAGGGUUCGUCGUUUCCAGCAGGAUGAUGCACACAUUUUUUGUGCUGUGGAUCAGAUUCGACAAGAAAUAUUAGCUGCUCUCAACUUCUUAAAGCAUGUGUACUCUGUGUUUGGGUUCAGCUUCCAGUUGGUAUUAUCUACAAGACCAGAGAAAUUCUUGGGAGAGAUGGGUAUGUGGAAUGAAGCUGAAAAGCAACUAGCAGAAAGUUUGAAUGAAUUUGGGUGCCAAUGGAAAGAAAAUCCUGGAGAUGGUGCUUUUUAUGGGCCAAAGAUUGACAUCACAAUAUUGGAUGCUCUUCGGAGACCUCAUCAGUGUGCAACCAUUCAACUUGAUUUCCAGCUGCCCAUUCGGUUCAAUCUGGGAUAUGUGAGUGAGAGUGGAGAAAAGAAGAGACCAGUAAUCAUUCAUCGAGCAAUUUUGGGCUCAGUUGAGAGAAUGAUUGCAAUUCUUACAGAAUCUUGUGGUGGAAAGUGGCCAUUUUGGCUAUCUCCUAGGCAGUGCAUUGUGAUACCUGUUGGAACUCCAUUUCAUGACUAUGCCUUCAAGGUGAAAGAUCAGCUGUAUUCUGCUGGUUUCAUGUGUGAUGUGGAUGUGGAUCCAGGUGACACAAUGAAUAAAAAAAUUCGCAAUGCCCAACUAGCUCAGUAUAAUUUCAUUCUGGUGGUUGGCGAAAAGGAACACAGUGGAGGAACAGUAAAUGUUCGUACAAGAGACAACGUGGUUCAUGGAGAGUUCUCAGUCGAAGCAGUGAUACAGAAGUUUCAGUCCCUGAAAGACAAGCAGUUGUUCGAUAGUGAGGUGGACUUCUGAACACAGUAAAUGAAGUGCUGUGUUGCUUAUAUAAAUUUAUAUUGAAGAUUAAUUUAUUUUGCACCAUGAAUAAUGUAUUAUUCCAUGUAUUAACCACACAGUAAGCUUAUUUUCCUUUAAACAUUGAAAGAAUGGCACUUUACAGAAAUUGGAAGGAUGUACCGUUUGUAUUAAUAUGAUUUUUAAGUUCUCACAGCAGUGCUGAUGUAUGGAUGAGUGUUUGGAUAAUAAUGUCAUGAUGUGUUAUAAGAAAAAUUCUUAAUAUUUCUCUACUUACUCAUAGAAGAUGCCCCAAAGAUAAAUUAUAAAAAUGUUUGAAAAGUCUUGCAACAGUACAUAGUAUUGUAAUCCAGAAUGUUCAUACAUUGCGAAAGACUAAAAUAAAAUAAAUCACUUUACGAUUCAUGUAAAGUGUUUUGUUGACAGUAAUGAUCUGUGACUCCAUCAUGCAACUGAAUGCAGCACAACGUUCAGUAACUGUGCUUAGUGCUAGAAGGAGCCCCCAAAUUUGAAUCUGUAUAUAAACUCAACUUAGAGCAAUUGUGAAUGGAAGUGUUUUAAAGCAUGAAUUAUUUAGAUCAGUGUUUCUCAAACUUCUGGCAGCUGUGGGACACUGCAUGGACAGUCAGUGUACACAUGGACCACUCAACUAUCAUAACAUUCUCCUUAGCCGUAGGGAGCAUGCAAUUUCAUUUCUUUUAUGCGAAUAGGAGAAAAAUUAUAGUUACGAUUGCUAUAAACCACUUUUUUUCUAACCACCAAUUUAAAGUAUAUUUUUAAACAGUGAUUCAUUGCAUUUUAAAUUAUUUAUUACAUGCCAUAUAAUUCUGUGUGGACUGUAUAAUAAUACAGGCCAUCUGGUGGACUUACAGACCACAGUUUGAGAAACAUGGAUUUAGAUGUUAUGGUAUGUGAAAUAAAUUUCUGCAGGUUUCAGUUGAAUACAUUUCUGUGGUGUUUUUUAAUAUAAUUUAUUACACUGAACUACUAUAAACAUGGAAUCGCCAAUUUA